UGAUUCUACUAUUUAGUAUUUUCAUAGAUAAAAGGCGGGCCGCGCCGUGGUUUGCCUACCUACCGAACUCCGCCCACUGCGAUUCGACCCACCGCUCUCUACCUCUAUCUCACAACUUCCUGUCCUUUUUAGGGAACUUGGAGAUCGAGGCGAGUAAGGCGAGAGAGAUGGGCAGCGGAGAAGAGAACGCGAAGGUAUACUACUCCCUUUCGGAGGUUGCGAAACACAGUUCCCGGGAGGAUUGCUGGCUCAUCAUCAAUGGCAAGGUCUAUAAUGUGGCUAAAUUUCUGGAAGAUCAUCCGGGGGGAGAUGAGGUAUUGUUAGCAGUAACUGGUAAGGAUGCAACUGAUGAUUUUGAGGAUGUUGGGCAUAGCUCAACUGCAAGGGCUAUGAUGGAUGAAUAUUAUGUUGGUGAGAUUGAUGUGUCCACAAUUCCAACAAAGGUCAAAUAUUCGCCUCCAAAGCAACCUUACUACAAUCAAGACAAGACCUCGGAUUUCAUAAUCAAAAUUCUCCAGUUUUUGGUUCCAUUAGCAAUACUGGGAUUGGCUGUUAUAGUAAGGAUCUACACAAAAACAGCCUAGAAUCAGAUUGAAUUUGUAUCUGUUAAGAGGAUAAUCUGUCUUAUUACCUUAUGAUUUCAUUUUCAUUCCUGCCUGAUGAGGCUUGUUUCCAAUUUCAUAUUUCAAUGUGAACUCCCCUUAGAAAACUGCAUUUUUAGCUUCCUAUUGGAACUUCUAUGGUUCUUCAAA